ACCUCAGGCCCACCGCAUCCAAAAACACGAAGCAUGAGGGACAGAAGAGGGCCCCUCGGCACCUGCCUGGCACAAGUGCAGUGGGCCGGAGGAGGUGACUCGGACAAACUAUCAUACAGCCUUAAGAAAAGAAUGCCGACGGAGGGCCCUUGGCCUGCAGAUGCACCCUCCUGGAUGAAUAAGCCUGCGGUUGAUGGAAAUUCACAGAGUGAGGCAUUAUCACUGGAAAUGAGAAAGGAUCCAAGCGGGGCUGGCCUCUCGCUUCCCAGUGGCGGCGCAGUUCUUCCAUAUGUGAAAGAAUCAGCUAGAAGAAAUCCAGCCUCAGCAGCCACUCCGAGCGCAGCUGUGGGUUUGUUCCCUGCUCCAGCAGAGUAUUUUGCUCGGGUGUCCUGCAGUGGUGUUGAAGCUCUGGGGCGGGACUGGCUGGGAGGAGGGCCCAGGGCCACCCACAGCCACAGGGGACAGUGCCCCAAAGGAGAGCCUCGGGUGUCACGACUGCCAUGCCAUCAAAAACUGCCGGAAAUGGGAAGUUUUCAGGAUGACCUACCAAGUGCUUUUCCCAGUGGUCUGGGCUCUGAGUUGGAACUCUCUUGCCUGCAUUCCAUCCUGUCUGCAACACUGCACGCGUGCCCCGAAGUGCUCCUGAAUGAUGAGAUGAAAGGCAUUUUCCUUGACCUUUUAAACCCCAUGUUUUCAAAGCAAACAAUACAAUUCAAGAAAAUGUUUAAAAGCACCUCAGAUGGUCUGCAGAUAACACUCAGGUUACUGGCGCUGCAACAUUUUGAAUUAGCAAAUUCAUUAUGCCAUAGUUUAAAGUACAAGCAGAACAAUGCAAGUAGAUUAAUUUUAAGAGAUGUCUUAGAAUGAUUUCUUUCGCAUUAAGUCUGGAUGCAAACUAUGCAGCCCUUAGGUUCCUGGUGUGGUUUGUACGACCUGGCAGACUUAGAUGAGUUUAAAUUCAAAGCCGGUUGAUGCGGAAGGAAAUUUUUUAGCGUGUGUUAAAUUGUGCUUUAAAAGACAUAUAAAAAAUUGGGAAACAUUUCAGGAGACGAUGAUAGCCUGUAUAAAUAUCAGAUUAGAACAUACGGAUUUACCAUGAAGUUCUGUCUUCAACACCCAACACUGUCUAAAAGGGCUACUGUCCCAAAUCCUGUGUGUCCCUUCGGCUUGUCUGAUCACCCAAUGGAAGUGGAUACUUGUGAAGUCUACACUGCUGCACUUGGCGUUAAAUCUUGCUGAAUUCAUGGUAAGCUAUUAUCAUUUCUACAUUUUGUAGAAUGAUUUUGGUCUGCAGCAAAAUUCUAUUUCACUUCUCACACCCCUUUCCUUCCACUUGAAAUGCAAUUUAGACAGAGGCAUUGUGGUGAAAGUUGCAAUAUUAAGCUUACCUUUAGAAGAUCCCUUCUCAAACUCGGAACCCUAGCACUGUUACCUUAAAAAUGAGCUAGAGAAAAAAAUAGCUCAGUUACAGAGAAGCAAAUCAAGUUAUUUCCCACAUAAAAAGUUUCCCAGAUUCUAGGAAUUGCAGUAUCUUGUACCCUAAAGUUUUUCCAGGUGACUCCUUUGGUUGUCUGUUGAUAACUUUGAUAAAGGUCAUUUAAGGGCAUAAGGUUUUAAAGACUCCCAAAGUGAGACUUAACCAUUUUCGGGAUUAGUGAUUGCAUAUACCAGUUUAUGUUGUGUGCUGAAUUACUAUGCCAUGUGCUAUUUUAGUGUUUGGGGAAAAUGAAAAAUAAAAUUUGUUCUUUAGCUUAAUAAA